AUGAAACAUACACGUGGUUUAUGGACGAUAGCUGUUCUUUUCGUGCAUGUUUGGACGUGGAGCGAUGCAGCCACAACUACGGCACCACCGAUCGUGUUGGACAACCAUUUCACGUACAUUGUGCUCGGUGGGGAUCACAUCGCCGAAAGCGUUGGUCGAUACCUCGCCGCCAAGGAUAGCAAUAAAACGGUGCUAGUGUUGAAGGGAAGCCAGUGUAAUAAUGUGUUCGAACCAUCCGAACCGUCGAGGCUGUGGCUCGAUGUGUCCUAUCUAUUCGCCGAAAGUGCCCAUUACCAGGGGUACGAGUUUAUCGAUCCCUUCCUGCAUGGUUCCAAACCAGGCAUUGCAUUCACCAAUCACACGGUGGGUUUUCUACCUCCAGUGCAACAGCUCUACGCCAUAGAUCCGAACCUACAGAUGCUCACCGGUGCCAGACCAACUAGGAUAAUCUACAACAAAGCUUCCUCGACAGUCCUGGGUGUGGAAGUUAGCAUCAACUUUGAGACGCAAUACGUGUUCGCCAGGGAGCAACUCAUCGUCGCUGGCAGAUGCAAAGAAGACUAUCAGCUCCUAUCGCGGGCUCAAGUAGUAUCGUCAGCCAUACUGGAAAAGCUGUUUCGCGAUGUGCCAUUAAACAUAGCGCUAAACAGUCCCAUUGUAGCACCAGUUUUCAAGAUCAACUCUCUGGUUCCUAUCGAUCAUGUACCAACGAAACAGCCUUAUCAUCUUUUGGCCACCGAGUUGUUCAUUGAAACGAAGAAAAAUGACGACAAUCGACCGAAUGCAAAGAUUAAUAUCGUCCUCAAGGAGCAACCGCCAUACCGUUGGAUAGGAUUCUGUCCUUCGCUUAUCCAUACAGAAAACGAACUGUACGACCGCAACACCCUCCUGCAGGUCUUAAUGGACACCACAGAGAUCUGCCGGCGGCUAGGAACAAGCGAAACGUUCCAAACGUUGAAUCUCACGAUGGUGACCCACCAGCCGGACUCAGUGAUGUCGGGUUGUGUACCCGAAUCGCCGGCCAAAAGUCUGCAAAGUUUUGUCAAACAAACGCUCGCCGCGGCAACUUUCGGCAGUGAGGAGCAAACAAUAGCAACGUUACCCAGCAGCAGCUACGAGACGGAAUGGCUCACGAGAGAUUUCCGCCUCAAAUCGACACGAAACCUACGCCUGUUACCGUUCGGACUGACAUCCCCAUUUUUGGAGCGCUGGUGGCCCCAAAUAUUCAGCCCACAGCACCCGGCACGGCACGACAACGUUGCUGGACAAGCUGAAGGAACGCCUGAAGACUAUCAGUAA